AACGAGCGAGAAGAGUGAGCACAGUGAGCACAUAGUCUGUCACCUGUCACCUGAGAGUGAAAAAGACACUCGGCGGCAUAACUCACCUUACUGCCACUGCUCUUCCAAUCCGAGAAGGAACGAUCGUUUUCGCGGAGCCAGCCCCGGAACGACUUCUACCGAAAUGGCUCAUUUCCAAAAUCCUUACGGACAAGCGAACCCACAAAUUCAAGCAAUGUUCGCUGCUGUCGACAAAGAUCGUUCGGGUCAAAUCACCGCGAAGGAACUGCAGGCGGCACUCAUCAACUCUAACUGGUCCCAGUUCAAUGAAGAAACUUGCCGUCUCAUGAUCUCGAUGUUCGAUCAGGACAACAGCGGAACUAUCAAUGUACAGGAGUUUGAGCAAGUUUACAAUUACAUCGACCAGUGGAGGAAAUGCUUCCAGGGUUUCGAUCAGGAUAACUCUGGGAAAAUUAGUGCCGAUGAGCUCCACCAAGCUCUGCAAUCUUUUGGCUACCGGCUCUCGCCGCAAUUCUCUCAAAUGCUGGUCCAGAAAUUCGAUCGUGUGGGAAGAUCUUCCGUGGAAUUCGAUGCCUUCAUCCAGGCCUGCGUAAUGCUCAAGUGUCUCACAGACUCGUUCCGCGUGAAAGACGUCAAUCAAACCGGAACGAUUCAGAUUGGUUACGAGGAGUUUCUCGAGCUCGUGUUCAGCAACGCCAUUCACUGACGACUAUCGUCGACUUACUCCGAAAAAAAGUACAAAUUCCCCACGCGACUCGAAGCCGGCCGGCGGGAAAUCGCAUGCGUUAUUUGAUGGCUAUCAUCGUUCCCGUAAAAUGAAUAUAUGGCUUAUUGGGAUCUGUUGUCGAUUAAAGAAGAAGCGAGAAUUCAGAGAGGCAUCCAGUCUGGAUUCCUCGGUCUCGCACAUUGUGGCUGAUAUGCUUCACCCAUACACUAAUGUCUGGCGAUGAUGCCCGAGUCCUUUUCUGUGGGAGGGCCAGUGAAUAAACGCCAGAAUCUCCCAAUCGCCGGGAUCGUCGACCAUAUGUGUACUCCUGACUUUCUUGUCUAAUCCAUCUGGGUCGAAUUGGAAAUACCUGAGACCUUUUCAGCCGAUCGAAUAAAACGCGGCAGGUGAAGGCUUU